AUGGCAAAGAAGAGCACUCAAAAGUCUGUGGAGAAGACCAAGCGUGUCGCCAAGAAGGCCCCAAAGGGAGACUUUGUUUUAACCAUUGAUAGUGAUUCUGAGGGGGACAAUGUUCCAGACCUUGAGGAUGAGUCUGAAGACGAAGAAGAAAUGAAGAAGGUGGAACCAGUGAAGCCUGUGAAGGGCAAGAAGAAGGGUAAGAACCCGGAACUUGUUGUCAAGGAAGAAGCCGAGGAGCACGAGGACAUUAACCCAGACUUUAAAUUUUCUGUAGAUGACUUUGAAACCGAAAAGGGUUUCGAAGGUUGGGAUUUUAAUGUCUCCACUAAGGAUAGUGAAGGUGUUCAGCAAGCCAAGAAGGAUGUUGACUUGGACGGGAUCUUGAGAAGAAAGGGUGGGUUGUUAAAGUUGGCCGGUAGAGACGAGCCAGAAGAAGACGACGAAGAUGAAGAUGAAGAAGAGGAAGAGGAAGAGGAAGAUGAACAAGACGAUGAAAAUGAUGAUGAAUUGGCCAUGGAUGGAUUUGGUAUGGGUAAGGAAGAAGAAGAAGAAGACGAAGAAGAAGAAGAAGAAGAAGAAGAUAAGGAAGAAGAUGAUGAUGAAGAAGGUGUUGAAGCUGACAUGGAUGAAGAAUAUCCAAACUCCGACACUGAAGCACCAGUUGUAGACGAAGAUACUGCCGAACAAAUGGCUGAGUUUUACGCCGAUGAGGAAGAAGCUGUGACUGCCAAGAACCAAACUCAUACUACUUUCCAAACACUUCAACUUUCUAGACCUGUUUUGAAAGGUUUGGCUCAACUUGGGUACACCAAGCCAUCUCCAAUUCAAUCUGCAUCCAUUCCAAUUUCUCUUUUGGGUAAGGACAUUGUUGCCGGUGCUGUUACCGGUUCCGGUAAGACUGCCGCCUACAUGAUCCCAAUCAUUGAAAGAUUGUUGUAUAAGCCAGGUAAGGUAUCAUCCACACGUGUGAUUGUUUUGACACCAACUAGAGAAUUGGCCAUUCAAGUGUGUGACGUUGGUAAGAAGAUUGGUAACUUUGUCAGCAACUUGAGUUUCGGGUUAGCUGUUGGUGGGUUGAACUUGAGACAACAAGAACAACAAUUGAAGACCAGACCAGAUAUUGUCAUUGCCACUCCUGGUAGAUUGAUUGAUCAUAUCAGAAACUCUCCUUCUUUCAGCAUAGAAUCAUUGGAAGUUUUGGUUAUUGAUGAAGCUGAUAGAAUGUUGGAUGAAGGUUUCCAAGUUGAAUUAACUGAAAUUUUACUGUUGAUUCCUAAGCAUAAACGUCAAACUUUGUUGUUCUCUGCUACCAUGAACACCAAAAUUCAAGAUUUGAUUCAAUUAUCUCUUCAAAAACCAGUGAGAAUCAUGAUUGAUCCUCCAAAGGCUGCUGCCAACAAGUUGGUACAGGAGUUUGUUCGUAUCCGUAAGAGAGAUCAUUUGAAGCCCGCUUUAUUGUUCCAAUUAUUGAGACUUGUCGAUCCAAAGCAACAAAAUAGAAUGGUUGUAUUUGUGGCCAGAAAGGAAACAGCACAUAGAUUAAGAAUUAUUCUUGGGUUGCUUGGUAUGAAGGUUGCUGAACUUCAUGGUGCCUUGACCCAAGAACAACGUCUUUCCAGUGUUAAUGACUUCAAGAGUUUGAAGGUUCCAGUGUUGAUCUGUACUGAUUUGGCUGCUAGAGGGUUGGAUAUUCCAAAGAUUGAAAUUGUUAUCAAUUACGAUAUGCCAAAGACUCAUGAAGUUUAUUUGCAUAGAGUUGGUAGAACUGCCAGAGCUGGUAGAGAAGGUAGAUCCAUCACAUUUGUUGGUGAAUCCACCCAAGACAGAGCCAUUGUCAAGGCUGCCAUCAAGUCACUUGAAGAUGAAUCAAGCGGUAAGGCUGUUUCUCGUAAUGUUGACUGGAAGGAUGUAGAAGACUUAAACAAAUUGGUUGAGGCCAAGACUGAGACUAUCCAAGAAGUUCUUGACGAAGAAGUCCAAGCCAAGGAGAUCUUGCAGGCUGAGAUGGAAUUAACCAAGGCAUCGAACAUGAUGAAGCAUGAAAAGGAAAUCCAAUCGAGACCAAAGAGAACUUGGUUCGAAACUGAAAAGGAAAAGAAGGCCCAUAAGACCCCAGUCAUGCAACAACUUACAAAGCAUGGGAAGGCCAUCAACUCCAAGAAGAGAAAGCAAAUCGAAGCCAAGAAGGAAAGAGAUGGUGAAAGAUCGUACAAGAAGACCAAGGUUGAUAGAAUGAGCAAGCCACAACCAAAGGGUAAGGGUAAAAAGAAGGGCAAGAAAUGA